CCUUGGCCUUUUGAUUCAUCCAUCAACAGUACAAACACUACCUAGCUCUGUGACAUUUAGAGGGUGGCACGCACGGAGCUCCCUGAACAAACAUCUCUUCAAAUACACAAAAGCCUUUCUAGUUUGCUGAUUGAUUGACACACGGUCUGAGGACGCCUCCUCAGGGUCACGUGAGUCACAAGACCAGGCACUCCUGCGCUGCAGCUGGAGGAAGGCGUUUCUCAACCUGCUGCCCUGGGCGGCCUCCAGGUCUCCUUUAUUGUAGCGCUCCGCCUCCUCCCGCAGGUCUGUCCGUAAUUGUCCCCGCAGGAAAUAAUGGCUUGCCGGGCAGCCAGGUCGCGCCGAGGCACGACCUGGGUCACAGGUGCUAGAUAGAGCCCUCCCUUCUCCCACCCAGUCAUAGGUCAUUUGUCCCGGCAGGAAGUAAAGGCCGAGCGGGCUGUCCCAGCAGCUGGGGGAAUAGGCGGGUGCAGGCUCCGCAGCGGCGCAGUGGAGACUGAUCGAGUGGGUGCUGAGCCCGAGGAAGUUUCAGCGUCAGCCCGAGCGCAAAGCUCUUGAAAGGGACAUCAAGUGUAAAGUGAACCGGGUCACUCUCAGACAGUGCUGGAACCAUGAGCAGUAACGGAACAGACCCAACUAUUGGUUUCAUCUCCUCUUCUGUAGCUGUCCUUUUGUUCGGCUCAAACUUUGUACCACUUAAAAAAUACGAUACUGGUGAUGGAAUGUUUCUCCAGUGGGUGCUUUGUGCCGCCAUAUGGUUGAUUGCCCUGGUGGUCAAUCUGAUAUUACAUUGCCCUAAAUUUUGGCCUUUUGCAAUGGUUGGGGGCUGCAUUUGGGCAACAGAUAUUUGGUUAAGAUACAGUAAGGAAUUAUCUCCUUGGAACAGAAGAAGGAAGAGAGGAAGGGAACUGAUGUGUAUUUUCCCUUUUUAUUGUGUGACAAUUUGCUGGACCUGUUAUAUGCAUCAUUCUCCUCUCAUUUUCACAAACAUGAGGUUUGGCUGGUUUGGAAUGGAUGCAGAAGAAGUAUCAAAACCGGUGCUGAAUUAUGUUGGAGCUGGAUUAUCAGUAGUGAGUGCUUUCAUAUUUUUGUUCAUCAAAAGUGAAAUACCAAAUAGCACGUGUUCUGUGGACGCCACGCCAUUAAUGACGGAUCAUGUGAUCAACAACACUCAAGAUUCCUGCCCUGAUUAUUCCUGGGUGGAUAAACUUUCCACAGUACAACAGCGCACAGUGGGCUGCAGUCUUGCAGUGAUAUCUGGAAUACUCUAUGGGUCUACAUUUGUGCCCAUCAUUUAUAUCAAGGACCACAGCAAAAAAAAUGACAGCGUAUACGCAGGGGCAAGCCAGUAUGAUUUAGACUACGUUUUUGCACACUUCAGUGGCAUCUUUUUUACAAGCACAGUCUAUUUUCUGGCCUACUGUAUAGCCAUGAAAAAUAACCUUAAGUUAUACCCUGAAGCAGUCUUGCCAGGAUUCCUGUCAGGAGUUCUUUGGGCAAUAGCCACCUGCUGUUGGUUCAUAGCUAAUCAUGCUCUCAGUGCUGUGGUCAGUUUUCCAAUAAUCACUGCUGGCCCAGGAUUUAUAGCUGCAAUGUGGGGUGUCUUCAUGUUUAAGGAAAUACAGGGUCUGCAAAACUACCUAUUGAUGAUAUUUGCAUUUUUCAUCAUCUUGAGUGGAGCAUUAUGCACUGCUUUCUCUAAACUCUAACAAUACAAGACUGGCAGAUGGCAGCAGUAGGUAAGAGAACCCUGCUGCAGGGCUCUGAGUGAUCAUGCUGAGAAGAGAGUUCAUUUUCUUACAGCAAAUGGAUCUCAACCCGUCUUGGACUGGAUAAAUGAUUUUUUUUUUUUCCACAAAUGUGAGAAUAAAGGAAAACUAAGUUUCGGUCAAAUAUAAAAAUGGAAAAUUCUUCUAAUGAACUCUUUAUGAUGGUAGGACUUUACGGGGUGACGAAAAUGUCCACCUUACAGUAUUACAGCUGAGAGUGCUCCUUUUACCACAAUAUUGCUCGGUGUUGCAUAAGCAGCAAAACAGUGUGGAGUUCAUCUACACAAAGAAUUUUGUGUAGAUGAAAAUUUCCAACAUAUUACCAAGUUUCCAACAUAUUACCCUCGUUAAUGAAGAGAGGCAGAAAAAUGUUGGGGAGAGAAAUGGGGAGAAGACCUUACCUUAUAAUGGAAUUAGAUUCCAAAGCUAUCUAGAUCCUUGGCCAGAAAAAGUAAACGUCAGAGUCGGUAACUGAAUAUGAAAAAGGCCAUUUCAUUUUUUGCCCAAACUUAUUUUUACUUCAAAUUAAUAUUGCUCAACUCUACGUCACCCCCUCAUCUUAGCUCAAAAUGUUUUUGAUUAUCUCCAGAUAAAAUCCAUCUUCAGAGAACAAAAAUUUCCAACCAUUGAGAAUAUGUGUAUAAUACAUAUACAGACAUAUACAGUUACACAUAAAUACACACAUAUAUGUCUGUAUGAUUCCAAACUUGGGGGAAAUUCUAGAGUUGCUAUAGUGAGGGUCUAGCUUAUUAGAGUAAGAAUUUGCAGGGAUCAAACACUUCUUUGUAUGUAAAAUUUAUUUUUUUUUUUCUGAAAUACACUUUUCUAAAAUCCCUUUUUAAACUGGAAGUUUUCUUCCACUUUUAACUGGUGGUUUCCAUUAGGGAAAAAAAAAUAAUGGACAUGUUAUUUUUAUAUAUAUAUUCAAAAGAGACAGAAUACCACUAACCCGAAUGGAUUUCAUCUUCAUUGUAUGACUUUGAAGAAGUUCCUGAGCCUCCUGUAUCAGAUUCCUCAUCUAUAAAAUGGACAUAAUGAUAAUGAUAAUGUUAUUGUAAGGUUGGGAUUAAUUAAAAUCUGUAACAUGUUCAUGAGUAUCUGGCACUUGGCAAACAUUGUAUAAUUCUUAACUAUACUUGUUAUCUACUGUUUGAGAAAGAAAAUGUGUCUAUAGAUUGGAGAAUAUUUUGUAAGAGCUAUGCCCUCACCACCAACCCAUCUAAACAACUAAUUAUUAUUCAUUCCUCUAUUUGAGUGCAAUUUAAGUAAUGAUACUGGAUUCUCUAUUUCAUUAUUGAAUUCUUUGUAACACCUUACCAAAACUCAUUUUAAUUUUAACCUGAAAUAUUAUUAUGUUGAUAACUUUAAAUAAAUUGACAUGACACAAAAGCUAUUUUGCUAACUUAAAUAUAUUUUCAAAUUUCAUAUUGAUAGCGUUUAAUUAUUCUGUAGUGGAGAAUGCCAAUUUAUAUGCAAAAUUUUAAAUGUGAAGUAAGGCAAUUGCAGAAGAAAAAUGAAAAAAAAAAUCUUAUUACCACUAUACAGUUUCUGCUACCACACAAUGCUUUUAUUGUUAGUAAGAGGUAAGAGUAGUGUGCGGGGGAAAAAAACAAGCUUUUCAAAAUGGUUACCAUGCAGAAAACUUAUUACGUAGAGGUUAGUCUAAACAGGUGAUUAUCAAAUCUCCACUUUCCUUGCUCAAUUUAAGAAGUUAACACCUGUCUCUCUAGAAGUUUUUUUGUUUUGUUUUUUAAUGGGGAUUUUUUAUUAUUAUUCAUUUGAGACACAGAGAUAGAGAGAGAGAGACAGCAUGAGCAGGGGGAGAGGCAGAGGGAGAGGGAGAAGCAGGCUCCCCGUCGAGCAGGGAGCCCGAUGCGGAGCUCGAUCCCAGGACCCCGGGACCAUGACCUGAGCCGAAGGCAGACGCUUAACCAUCUGAGCCACCCAGGCGCCCCUCUCUAGAAGUUUUGAGGCUUUGUUUUUCCUUGUCUAGUAUGGUCAAAUUCUUGUGUUUUAACUUUUUCUUGCUGGCUUUCUGUCUCUAUUUAUAGAGAAGGUACUACCUUAAGUAGGGAAGUGGUAGCCCAACUCAUUGGGCUGGCAUCCAGAUUAUGGGAAUUGUUUAUUAUCAAAAUAAAAACUCCUAAUUUCUCAAAAUUCCUAAUGAGUUUUAUGGAAUUAUUAAGUACAGCAUUUCCCUGGAGUUACCAAAUCUCCAUGUAUUCUUCUUGUAUUCAUUUAUUUGUUCUUAGAAUUGCUAACUACUAGACCUGUAUGUAUCAGUAUUGGUGAGCUGAAGAACACAUUGAGUUAAAAAGGCAAAUUGUAGAACCAUGUGCACAGUAUGAUACCAUUUAGGUAAAUUUUUAAGAAUCAAAGUAAUUUAUAUUUUUUCUAUAAAUACCUAUAUAUGCAAAAAAUUAGAAAAAUACAUAUACAAAGUUCAUAAUGAUAUUUGACUCUAGUGAGGAUGAAUGAGAUAAGAAGGGCAACACUGGGGUCAAUGUAAACUUAAGCAUUAUCUGUAAUACUCUAAUUUUUAUAGCAAUGAAUUCAUAUAUUCUUUAAUAUGUGUUAAAGAGUCAAUAGCAAAAGAGCUCAGGACAUGUGCCUAAUGUUAAAGUAAUUAAGACUAGGGGCACCUGGGUGGCUCAGUCAUUAAGUGUCUGCCUUCAGCUCAGGUCAUGAUCCAGGUCCUGGGAUCGAGCCCCGCAUCGGGCUCCCUGCUCAGCGAGAAGCCUGCUUCUCCAUCUCGCACUCCCCCUGCUCGUGUUCCCUCUCUCUCUGUCAAAUAACUAAAUAAAAUCUUAAAAUAAAUAAAUAAGUAAGUAAGUAAGACUAAGUAAGGAAAAUAUGGGUGUAUUUUAUUUUCCUCUUCAUUUUUUUUAGUACUUUUUAAUUUCAAAGCAAGCAUGCACACACACAUGCACACACAAAUAAAAGAGAUCAAGGCAAAGUUGAGAAAUUUCCCAACUUAAAAGUCCUACCGUCUAAAGAUAGAAUCUAGAAACUCACUUUUCUAGCCUCCAUUGCAGUAGGAUGUGUCGUUCCUGAUUAUGUAGCCUCCUCCAAAUAGACAAAAGUAAUCUAAAAUGACAGAAAACAAAUUAUGGUGGCCUGAGGCAUGAGGGUUAACUACAAAGAGUAUAGGGAACUUUAUGGGUUGCUGGAAGAGUUCUGUAUCUAGGUUGUAGUGGUGAUUACAUGAGUGUAUAUCUUUGUUCAUAACACUGUCCACCUAAGUGGGAGAAUUUUAUUGGAUGCAAAUUAUACCUCAUUAAAGUUGAUUAAAAGUCAAUUAAAAUAGGCUAUAUUUGUGUGUGUGUGUGUGUUUUAAUGAGGCCAAAUUUCUUUUUUUUUCACUGUUUAAGGAAUUUUUAUUAAAGCAAGAAUUUUAUAAUCCAAAUUACGUUUCCUUGCUCAGUUAUCAAUUCUGUUAUUUAAAACAGAAGUGACAUUCUGAGCUAUUCCACAGUAAAGAAUUACAAAAUUAAAGAAAGGAAUGCUUUAAAUUUUUGCACUUUACUUAAAAAUUCUUUUUCCCAGGGUCUAUAAAACAUUAAUUUGUUUUUAUAUUUUACUAUUUUUUUUGUUGUUUUUAAAUUAGUAAGUAAUCUAGGACUAGCAUUAUGUUUGCUAGACCUGGCAUUUGCUCGGUACAUAAGAUUCAAAGUUUUCUUUCCUUUUUUUAUUUAUUUUAUAUUUUGCAAUUUUUUUUUCUAAAAUGUUUAAGUCUUUCAAUGUUUAGAUAUUUUUCUUCGGUGAAGCACGAGUUUCUUCUCGUGGUCCCUGAUCAAUUUUAAACAGUUGGAAUACCAGUGGCACUGUUAGCUGCUUUCUGGGCAGCGUCUUUAGCUCGGUGGGCUUGUAGUACAGCUACAGCUUCAUCUACUUUAGAAUGGAGAGACUCUAGAGACUCAAGCAGAUGAAGAAGUUCUGAAUUAUCAAUCUCCAACAACAUGCCAGUGAUUGUACCAGCAAGAGUAGGGUGCAUGGCUUGAAUUAGAGGAAAGAGCCGUUCAUGGUGAAUGAGGCCAAAUUUCUGAAACAAGGGUUUUAGGUAGCUCACAGAAUAUCCAGUAGGACCAUGGAAUUGACCUUGGAGGCUACAUAAUCAGGAAUGACACAUCCUAUUGCAAGAAAGGAUGCUAUAUUUUGCGAAAUUUUUUUUGCAUCUUUUGAGAUGAUCAUGUUUUUCUUUUUACCCUGUCAAUAUGGCAGAUUACAUCGAUUACUUUUCAAAUAUUAAACCAAUUUUGCAUUCCACUAGUAAACACUACUUGGUCAUGAUGUGUUUUAGCCUUUCUCUAAAUUGUUGGAUUUAAUUUGCUUUUGUGUUCAUGAUGGAUAUUGGUCUGUAAUAUCAGGGUAGUGGCUUUAAAAUGUUUGCUAAGAAUUGAUACUAUUCUUCCUUAAAUGUUUGGUAGAAUUCAAAAGUAAAGCUAUCUAGGUCUCAUUUUCUUUAACAUAUAUAGGUUGAUUCAAGUCAUCUAUUUCUUCUUGAGUGAAUUUUCUUAGUUUUUGUCUUUCAAGGAAUUUACUCAUUUCAUAUACAUUGAGACAUUAUUAGUAUAAUAUUAUUUAUAAUAUUCCGUCAUUCUCCUUUUCAUAUCUAUAGGAUCUAUAGUGAUAUCCACUUUCUCAUUCCUGAUAUUGGUAAUUUGUUCUCUUUUUAUGAACAUUCUAGCUAAAAGUUUAUCAAUUUUAUUCAUCUAUUCAACAAAUUAGCUCUAGAUUUACUUGAGUUUGCCCUACCCUGUUUUCCUCUUCAAUUUCAUUGAUUUGUGUUCUUUUCUAUUAUGUAUUCUGUUUCUUAUAAGUUUUUAACUUGCUCUUAUUCUCCACCCCUUCCUCUUUUUCUAGAUCUCCAAUUAUACAUACAUAUAUUCUACCUGCCUUGACCUUCCCAAAUUCUUAUUUCUAUCUACUCAAUUCAGGGAGCCUGUCGGGCCCUGUGUUCCCCCUUACAGCACUGCAGCCUGCAAACUCUAUCUAGGCAGUAAAAUUAAAAAAUUACAGUGCUCAACUUAUUUGUUUCCCCUUCUGACAGGGAUCAUGGUCAUGUCCUGCCUAUGGUGCAGUGUUUCAUACAUUUUACCCAUUUUGCUAUUUCUUUAAUGUAUAAAGAUUAACAUGGUUCCUAUUACUCCAUCUUUACCAGAAGUAGAAAUUCUCUGAUUAGCAUUUUGUUACAUUUUAAUUUCAACUUCUCUUUUGUCACAUUUUCAUGAACAGCAACAUCAAAGAAUAAUUAGUCAUUGUAGUUGGUUGAAUAUGGCUCCCCAAGAAAUAUGUCUAAGUCCUAAUUUCCAGUACCUGUGAGUAUGACCUUAUUUGGAAAUAGGGUCUAUGCAGAUGUAAUUAAAUUAAGGAUCUCAAAAUGUGAUCAUCUUGGAUUUAGGAUGGACUCAAAAUCCAAUGACUAGUAUCCUUAUAAGACAAAGGAAAGAGAUUAUUUGAUACAGAAACACAGAGAAGAAAGCCACAUGAAGAUGGAGGCAGAGAUUGGAGUGAUGUAACUACAACCCAAGGAAGGUCAAGGAUUGCGGGAAGCCACUGAAAGCUAGGAGGCAGGCAUGGAAAGGGGUUCUCCUUCAGAUCUCCUAGAAGGAACCAACCUUGCCAGACUUUUAGCCACUAACUGUGAGAGAAUAAAUUUCUGUUGUUUUAAGCCAUCAAGUUUGUGAUAAUUGUCCCAUCCCUAGGAAACUAAUCCAAUGAGCAUACAAAAUAAGACGCACGAAUGCAACCCAUAACCUUUAAUACUGGCAAUACUACUACUCAGAUAAAGAUGUUGGCUAAGCUGCAAAGCAAACGUAGAGUAAGUAGAAAAAUUACAUGGUAUGAAGGUCUCAAAAAGUGGCUUUUUGUCUUUAACAGAGUUGAGUAUUUCAUCUUUAGACAGUACAGGAUGGGGCGUACCUCUCUUCCUCUAUAAAAUGAAAUGGAAUAUGUGAGGUGAUUUUUGUUUGUUUGUUUGUUUAUUUUUAAGGGAAAAAAAAUGACCUGGAAUGUUGUAUAAAGCAUUUUAGGCACACAUCUCUGUAUACAAAAAGCAGUGACAGGAAUUCGAUAAAAGGAGUAGGAUCUUUUUUUUUUUUUUUUAAGUUUCUUGAUAUUGACAGGAAGAUUCUUCUUGCAGACAAAGGACAUCAGAGCUAACUUGGUUGUUUUUUUAGCUACUGAAGUCUUCAUGUGGGAAUGUAUCUCAUUUUCUGUUGAAGACAAACUGUCUCUCUGGACAAAAGUUUAACUCCUAUCUUUUUAAGCAUC